AUGGCAUACAACGGCGGAUAUCAGGAGCAGCAACGUCCCUACGCGGGACCAGCAGCGCGUGCACCCCGUGGGCCACCGAGAGAUGGAUAUCCCCCGCAACAAUACCAAUAUGACGAUUACGAUUACGGCUACGACGGAUAUGACAAUGGCUACCAGCAGGAUUACGGCCCGCCGCCGCAAGAUAUGAACUACGGUAGAGGACCUCCACCUCCAAAUCAAGCAUAUCCACCACGUGAUAUGUACGGCCCUCCGGGACCCAACAGUCGUCCUCCACCAGGGCCUGGAGGGAGAGGAGGACCGAUGCGCGGCCCCCCAUUUCCACGUGGAGGAGGAGGAGGACCUAGUGGCCGAGGCGGCCGAGGUGGCCGUCCAGUCCUCCCGGAUCGGUCGCAUACCUCCGAUCCUAAUGCGAACCGGCAUGCGCCAAGCAUCACCAGCCCCAACGAUCAGGAUUUUGGCAGUCCGUUUCCCGUAUUCCCCGGGCAUAAUAGGAGAUCAGAUCUCGACGAAGAAUCUGAUAUUGUAAAUCGAAUGGGCGGGAUGGAUAUCCAUGCAGGGAGACCGGGUAUGUCACCCAAGAGCAAUCCGGGACCAGGAAGAGGACCUGGACCAGGAAUGGGGCCAAGAAGAGCGCCGACAAUGGAGAAUUAUGGACGUCCAUCUAUGGAUAGUCAAAGGAGUGGAAGAGGACCGCCACCACAAGGAUAUCCUGACCCGCGACGAGGACCGCCAGUUGACCAAGGAUAUGGCUACCAGGGUGAUGGCUACAAUGCCCCGAUGUCGCCUUCAAGAGAUGGAUAUGGGCCACCGGGCAGAAGUAUGACGAUGUCUUCAAAUGAUGAACACAUGCGGAACGCCAUGCCGCCACCUCGCAUCGACAGCGCCGCUUACGGUGGACCUCCAGGACCUCCGGGACCUCCGGGACCUUACGGACACCCUGGACGGAAUUUCCCCCCUCCCCGGCCUUCUACGGCUUCGGGCAAUCGUCCACCACCCCAGAGGAUGUAUUCCGAACAAGGCCCCCCUCAGGGUCCUCCGGGUCCUCCGGGCCAGUACCAUGACGGCUCGCUUCAACCACCAGGAUGGAACGAUGAGCCAGACCGGACUUCUAUUGGCGAAUUCUAUGAUACAUAUUAUGAUCAGAGAGUUAGCGGCGAACAGUACCCGCCUAACAAUCAGUUCCGAGAAGACAUACCAGAUUUUGAUGCAGUCCCUACCCAAGGCCCCCGAGAGUCGUUCGACCAACAUAUGCGUUCCGGUCCACCCGGAGUGCCUCAGCCUGGAAUACCUCAGCCAGGAACGCCACAGCCUGGACCUGCGCGUCAGCCCGAAAUGUCGAGGGCCAAGUCUCAACCAAACUUACGGGAACCACAGGCGGCCGUAUUUGAGAUGGUUGGUGAUAUGCCACCAGUACCGCCAGGGGGGUUCCAAGCAUACAAGCCGCCAGGUGCUACGCCCGGGUUUUCAGGUUUGCCAAGCGCCCCGAACGCCAUGAGGCGUACUUCGCAAGGGACACACCAGAGCGGUCCGGGUUCUGGUCAUCCGGCACCCAUUAGGCCUGGAUUGAUGCCCAAUUCAAUGGUAAAUCUCAACGAGAAGCCCACCCCAGUUCGUAACUACAAUGGCGGUACGCCACCCGCAGCCGCCGGGGCGCAAGGCCGUAUCCAACCACCGCCGCCACCACCGCAAAAUGGGCGGCCAACCUCUGUCACUGAGAAGAUCCCGGUCACACCCGACGAGCUAGAACGUCUGCGGUCUAUAAUCAAGAAUGACCCAAACGACCAGCAGUCUGCUCUCAGCCUUGCGAAGAAGCUCAUUGAGGCAGCUGAUGUUCUAGUUCCUAGGCUGCCUGAUCCUAAAGCAAGAGCUAGGUCUCGUGAACGUUAUGUGAUGGACGCACACAAGAUAUUAAAGAAACUGGUCAAUGCGCAGAACUCUGAAGCUAUGUUCUUCAUGGCUGACUGCAUGGGCCGUAGCAUGUUUGGUGACAACGACAGCAAAGAAGCAUUCACACUCUACCAGUCUGCUGCGAAGCUGGGUAAUGCCGCAGCUGCGUACAGAACUGCUGUUUGCUGUGAACUUGGCAACGAUGAGGGCGGUGGAACACGGAAGGACCCCCUAAAGGCGAUACAAUGGUACAAGCGCGCUGCGACGCUUGGCGAUACCCCCGCGAUGUACAAGGUUGGAAUGAUCAUGCUCAAGGGACUGCUUGGUCAGCCUAAGAACCCGCGGGAAGCUGUCGGCUGGCUGAAACGAGCGGCAGAGCGGGCGGACGCAGAGAACCCUCAUGCAUUGCAUGAGCUGGGACUCUUAUACGAGUCUGCACAGCCAAAUGACGCAAUCGUACGAGAUGAAGCAUAUGCCUUGCAAUUGUUCGAGCAGGCAGCUCAGCUUGGCUAUAAAUUUAGUCAGUUCAGAAUGGGGUGCGCCUAUGAGUACGGCCUCAUGGGAUGUCCUGUCGAUCCCCGUCUAUCCAUAAUGUGGUAUAGCCGGGCAGCGACGCAGGAGGAACACCAGUCUGAGUUGGCACUUUCCGGUUGGUAUUUGACAGGAACCGAGGGUGUUUUGCAGCAAAGCGAUACAGAAGCAUAUCUCUGGGCUAGAAAGGCAGCCCAGGCUGGGUUGGCCAAGGCAGAGUAUGCCAUGGGUUAUUUCACCGAAGUUGGCAUCGGUGUUCCUGCUAACAUGGAAGAUGCGAAGCGUUGGUAUUGGAGAGCAGCGAGUCAAGAUUACCCGAAGGCUCGCGAGCGAUUAGAGGACUUAAAGCGAUCCGGUAGGAAUGGACCCCGUCAACGGGAACGGAUUUCUCGCAGUAAGAUUGGCAAACAACAAGAAGGCGAGUGUUCCGUGAUGUAG